AUUAUUUAAAUUGUAGGCUUGGAUGUGUGGAGGAUCGAUAGAAAUAAUCCCUUGCUCUCAUGUUGGUCAUGUGUUUCGAACAAGAAUGCCUUAUUCUAUGGUUAAUGGGGAAAAAGCAUUUCGCCAAAAUUGUCUCCGAUUGGCUGAAGUUUGGAUGGAUGAGUACAAGCAAUUUUUCUAUCGAAGAUUAAGGAUUAACUUAGUAACUGUUGCGAAAUCUGAUUUUGGAGACAUUUCUCAUAGAAUAGAGAUGAGAAAAAACCUGAAUUGUAAAUCAUUUGAGUGGUAUUUGGAGAAUGUUUUACCAGAGCAGUACAUUCCUGAUGAUGCAGCUGCUGAAGGCCAAAUAAGAAAUUUCGGGGGUGAUAGAAACAAUUGCUUAGAAGGACCAGCUAAAGCAGACGAUCUAAACCAACCAGUAAAGAUGUCCAAAUGCAAUCUAAAAAACGAUCACCAGUACUUCAUUCUGACAAGCUAUGGAGAAAUCAGGCGAGAUCAAGGCUGUUUGGAUUAUGUAAAUGAUGAAGUCGUUCUCUACUUUUGUUACGGUGUUGAAACUCAACUGUGGACCUACGACAUUGAAUCACGGGUUCUUUUACACUCUGCAACUGGUAAAUGUUUGGAAAUGAACGAAGACAAAGAUGGAGUGACUCUUGAGAAAUGCAUCGUAAGCGCUUGGCAAAUAUGGACUCUAGAAAACUUUGAUCCAUCGAAGGUCAUUAAACUUGAUUGACGGCAUACACUAUUCAACAGUUUUACUCAUUAGCAGGAUGUAAUUAAAGGACUGUGAAGAAGAACACUGUUGUAUAUUUACAGCAUUUGAGUUGAUAACAAAACGUAAUUUCGUAAUAUGUGUGAAAUGAUGAUUAAAGUUCUAUGCAUGAAAAUACUUGGUACACUUAUCAUCACUCAGUUCAAAGGUUUUGAAAACUUUAGAAAUAAAAUGUUUUGUUGGAUGUAUCUAUGAUGAAAUUAAAAGUCUAAAAUGUACUA